AUGGCCCAGCCAGCGUUGGAGUUCGUCAAUGCAGGUUUCGUCAACGGGCCUGAAGCCGAGCAAAACCGGCGGCGAGUAAGAUCUCAUGCGGCGAAAGCCAGUGGAGGAGGGGCAGCCAGCAGCAGCUUCAACGCUGGCUUGGACAAAUUUCCACCGCAGCAAAAGCCACCUCGAAAGCGAAGAAGACCACGGCGCCAGAACCUCAGCUGGGCCGUCCAAGUGCGAGAUCCUGAAUAUGAGUCCCAACAGCCACACCACUCCAACACGAGUUCGGCUUCUCUUAGCAGCAGCGGCGGCGGCAGCAGGACCAGCCCACUGAGCCCACUCUCCGGCAUGGCCCUGAUCCCAGCAUCCAAAAGCCCCGUCUACCACGAACCAUACAUGCCGAUCGUGGUGCAGAACUACCUGGACCACCUCGCGGUCGCGAUCCCGGAGCUUGAUGGCGGAAGCGACUCGGUGCUGUUGAAGACCAGAUGGUUCCCCAUGGUGAUGCACUCGCCCGUCAUCUUCCAGGUGAUCGUGCUCUUCUCGGCAUCGCACUACGCCGCACAGCGGCGCGACUCCUCGCUAGCGCGCACGCUCCUGUCGCUCAAACAAUGCGCCUUGCACGGCCUCCGCCAGAGCCUAUCCUCCGCCUCCGAGGAGGGCACGGCGCCGGUGCGCGACGAACUCAUCGCCGCAACGGCCAAGAUGGCCAGCUACGAGGCGAUCUGGGGCGACGCGCACGCGUACCACUGGCACAUGCGCGCCGUGGACGAAAUGCUGCGCGUCCGGCGGCACGGCCUGGCCAGCUUAGGGCUUGAUGGAUUUUUGUCGAGGCUGUUGAUCUUCAUCGAUACGAAUUCGGCGUUCAUGCUGAACACCUUCUUGCAUUUGCCCGGCUCGACGUUUCCGAGCGGAGAACCCUUUUUCAAGCCGAAUUUAGGCCGCUUCGUGGGGGACCCGUGA